CCAAAGAGCACCUCCGUAUAGCAGAGCUCAUAAGGCACAGGCAACAUCACAGGUCGGAUGGUUGGAGAAGAGCUGAUGCACCUGGGGCUGUCGGUGGAGGCGCAGUGAUGUCCAAUUACAAUCUGGUGACAGCAGAGGUAUUGAAUGUCAAAGAAAUAGUGACGGUCUGUCACCGCCAAUUGGAUGAAGCAAGUUGAGAAGAAAGACCAGCCGUGAAGAUACAAGACCACCACUCAUACGAUUGUGUCUGGACGGUUCAUUCCGCCUUCCGUUUAGAUGAAGAGAUGACAUGGACCUUGAUCACGUUUGGAAUCCUGGAGCUUCGUGGUGUGUCGAAACAAUGAUAUGGAAGGCCUAUGGAUUCUCCGGUACAGGAGACAGCUGGCAUCCAGCGCCUGUCCAGAAUCCCUCCAGGAGAUCAUGACAAAGCUACAAGAGCUGCAGAUGUUAACCACAGAUGAGGUGAAACGCCUUCAGGAGUUACCAUUGCCCAAGCGGGCAGAGACCCUAAUGGACACUAUAGGUGGAAAGGGCAGGACACCUCUUCAAGCUCUCCAACACUGCAUAGAGAACAGUCGCACCUGCCUUUACCUGCGCAUGCGUCACUACGAUCCAUUGGUUCGAAAACAUUUGGACAGCGUGGAGUACGAUGACCACCCUCCACUGCUGGCUCAGCUAGGCUCCAUGAUGAUGGUGGAAGGUCUCACAGAUGCCCAGCUUCAAGAUCAUGACAUUGUACAGCUAGAACUAGAGCAGGCUAGGCGAGGAGGACCCAAAAUGUUGUCUCUUCAAAAAAUGCUCCUCCCAUUGUCUCGAGUCAGUCUUCCCCCACGUGUCACCCUAACUGUGGGGGUGGCAGGAGCUGGAAAGAGCACCCUCGUUAGACUGUUUGUGGAAAAGUGGGCUCGUGGAGAGCUGUGUACGCACAUCAAAUCUGUGUUGUCUCUGAAUCUGUGGGAACUGAAUAUUUAUGAUCGUCUUUCUGCAGAAAAGUUGGUACGUAUUGCUUGCCCGGGUACUACCACACCACCGCCAAGUUCUCUUCUCAUUUUGGAUGGCUUGGAUGAAUUACGAGCUCCGCUUGAUUUCUCAGACUCUAUUGGCAGCACAGACCCCCAGAAAGAACUUUCUCCUGAGUGUCUCAUUACCAACAUUUUACGGGGCAACCUUCUUCCAGAGGUCAACGUUUGGAUCACGUCGAGACCAGGAGCAGCUUCGAAGAUUCCUGGCGGGCUGGUGGAUCGGAUGACAGAAGUAUCUGGUUUAGGGCCAAAUGACAUCAGGGACAUUCUAGAUCAGCUAAUACAUGACACCAAUGUCACCGUGGAGAAAGUCUGGGGUCACCUACAAUGUCAUCCAGCCUUGAAGGCCCUAUGUUCAGUGCCUAUAUUGUGCCAUAUUGUAGGACUUUCUCUAGGCUUUACCUUACAUGCUCAAGACUCCACAUCUCAAGCUCUUCCAGAUACGCUGUCUGCCAUAUUUUCCUGGUACUUGAAAGCCCAGUUUUGUGACUCAGAAGGCUUAGAUCAACCAACGAAUGCCCGGAGGACGGUUGGUAACUUAGGGAAACUGGCAUUCCAGGGACUGCUUAAAAAAAGGACUGUUUUUUAUGAGUCAGAUCUGAAAUCUUGUGGGAUUGAAACCCCUAUUCUACCCGGCAGCCUAUGUUCUCGAUUGCUGGUUUUUCAAAAUUCCCCCUCAUGUUCAUCUUUCUCCUUCUACCAUAUUUUGCUACAGGAGUUCCUGGCAGCUGUCCACUACCACUCUUCUGCCAAACGUGCCAUCUUUGACCUGUUUGCCGAUGGAGGAGUCUCUUGGCCCAAGUUGGGCUUUCUAAAUCACUAUAAAAGUGCCACCCAACGUGCUUUACAACCAGACGGAGUCCAGUUAUCCAUUUUUAUCCGUUUUCUAUCUGGGCUUCUUUCACCCAAGGUCCUGCGUGUCCUAGCUGGAUGUCUUCCAAGUAAAGAGGAGCCAGGCAACCAACGUGGACCGGCCAUCGAUCACCUGAAGCGCUUGCUGAGUGCAGGAAAGACUAUUUCCAGUGGGAUGGUGAACUUGGUAUGCUGCCUCCAUGAGAUGGGGCACACCGAGCUGAUCAGUGCCGUGGAUGAGGCUCUGACGGCUGGAACUCUUAAGGGUCAGUUGAACCCAUUGACAUGUUCUGCUCUUGCAUACUUGCUUCGAGUGUCGGACAGUUGUGCCCAAGAAACAAAUCUCAACCAGUGCCUGAAUUAUGGACUAGUCCAGGACUUCCUCCCCCAACUCCAGUACUGCACCAACCUCCGAAUGGAGAAUAACAACUUUAAAGACAAUGUCAUGGAAUUGUUGUCCAGCAUCCUGCGCAAUAAAGACUGCGCCAUCCAGAAAAUCAGUCUUGCAGAAAACCAGUUGGGGAACCGUGGUAUUAAAGUGCUGGGGAAAGCCCUACUGGUGAACCAAACUCUUUCAUCUCUCGACCUUUACAGCAACAUCAUUGGACCCAGUGGUGCCCGGGCCUUGGCAGAAACUCUGAGGAGCAAUCAAGUGCUUACAAGUCUGAAUCUACAAAACAAUCGCAUCAAGUCAGAAGGGGCUCAACACCUGGCUCAGUCUUUACGGAUAAACCACACGCUGAAGUCCCUGAAUAUUGAGAAGAACUGCAUUGAAGCUGCUGGAGCGGAGAGCCUGGCUUCCAGUCUGAAGGAGAACCAGGUCCUCCAGGAGCUGUGGUUAUCAAGCAACAACCUAGGUGACCGAGGAGCUGCGGCUCUGGCUGAAGCUCUCGCCGCAAACGCAAGUUUAAUCACCCUUGACCUGCAGAGUAAUUCCAUCAGUAAUCAUGGCCUGAAGUCCCUGACCAGCGGCCUGAGCCUCAACCACGGUCUCAAACAUCUUAACUUGAGGGAGAACUCCAUCAGCAUUGAGGGCGCUCAGGCCUUGGCACAGUCUCUCCAAAAAAACACCACUCUGACACACUUGGAUCUGACGGCGAACCUGCUGCACGAUGAAGGCGUGGAGGCUCUUUCACGAGCGUUGAGGGAGAAUCGGAGUCUGGAGUCUCUGCAUCUCCAGUGGAAUUUUCUGGGGGUGGGGUCAGCGCGGUCACUUGCCGGAGCCCUUCGUGUUAACCAGUGUCUACGCUGCUUGCACUUGCAGGAAAAUGCCAUUGGAGAUGAGGGCACGGGGGCACUGGCAAGUGCCCUGCAAGAGAACUGUACGCUUUCUGCUCUUUAUCUGCAGGGAGCGGCUGUCGGACCUUCAGGGGCACAGUCCCUAGCAGAGGCCUUAAUGGUGAAUAGGAAUCUGACCACACUCGAUUUACGAGGGAACAAUAUUGGGCUUCGAGGAGCUAAGGCCUUGGCGGCUGCGCUGAAGGUUAACAACACCCUGCAGAUUCUAAACUUGCAAGAAAACUCCAUAGGUAUGGACGGCGCCAUCUGUAUUGCCAGUGCAGUCUCUGCAAACCCGUCUCUUGUUUCCCUCAGUUUACAGGGAAACCACAUUGGCCAAUCUGGAGCCAAGGUCAUUUCGGAUACGCUGAAGAACGAAGCUCCGCACUGCCAAGUGAACAUAUGAGAAGCCACCUGACCAGAGGAGAUCACUCAUGAUGGACGCUGGAGGAACCAUAAGGACGAUGCCUACUAAGCAUUAGCAAGUUCAUUAAACGCUUCCUUACAAAUUCUACUGAAGGUUCCGUUUUUCCCCAUUUUUUGGGCAUUUACCUUUUUAAAUUAUUCAACAAUUUUCCAUUUUUGCAACAAAAAAAAAUAA